AUGGCCGACCCAAUGACAGCGCGUAGAACCACAUACACAUCCAAUGAUGUCGAGAUUCCUAACGAUUUCCUUCGAGGGCCCUCGGAGAAGCCUAUAACUCUCGCGCACGUCCCGUUUGGCUCUUCCCCUGUACCAGAAUACGAUGGCUCUUUCGCCGUUGUCCUCGACAAUGUUCUUUCCUUGGCCGAGUGCAAGGAGCUGAUUCAGCUAGCUGAACAAUCGGCUCAGGCCCCGGGCAGUAGUGAGUCGGCGAAUCAAAACCCUUGGCGACCUGCCAUGGUGUCCAUCGCGCCGGGCAUUGAGGCACCUGCGCCGGGAUAUCGAGAGAGCGACCGGAUUAUUUGGGACAGUCAGACGGUCACGGACCUCGUCUGGAAUCGAUGCUGCCAAGUGGAAGGGCUCAAGGAGAAGCUAGCCGUGGCAGAACGCACAAAAGAGGAUAGAUCUGAGGGGCGAGCACCUGGUAGAUGGGUUUUCAGCCGGAUUAACAACAGGAUGAGAUUUCUGCGGUACUCUCCGGGUCAUUACUUCAAACCGCACUGCGAUGGGGCAUAUUGGUAUGACGAAGGCACCAAGGAAUUUCAAACGCGGUACACGGUGCAUCUAUACCUCAACGACUCAGCCAAGGUAUCAGCGGACAGCGAUCUUGAGGGCGGCGCGACUGGCUUCCUGUCCUGGGAUGAUCAGCGUCGGAUCGAUGUUAACCCGAAGGCGGGGAGCGUGCUGAUUUUCCAGCACGAAGGUCUUUAUCAUGAGGGGGCACCAGUAACAAAAGGGCAGAAAUUUACCGUUCGGACAGACUUGGUCUACGAGUGGGAGGAUGCUCGGGACUACACCCAGAAGGGAGAAGGCCCCAGCGACGAAGAAGACAUACAUGAACUUGAGAAAAAACAAAGCCAGGCGAUCGAAGAAGGCCAUGAUGCAGACAUACCAUCCAGUGCUGGCUACAUCCUCGACGCACGGGGGGAGAAGAAGCGCAAGCUCUCCCUAGCAUCCAGGCGAAGAUCCAUCGCUUCAAAGGAAAGGGUCGACCUGGAAGGAGGAGACAACUCGGUCGAAGACAGUGCGGGCGACGUCGACUCGAACGAAGUCUGGUGGGAUGGUCCCAAUGACCCUGAAAAUCCGUAUAAUUGGCCAACUUGGAAGAAAAUCUUCAAUUGCGGGCUGGUGAGCGCAAUGACUUUCGUCGCGCCUCUUGGCUCAUCUAUUUUCGCUCCUAGUGUCCCCGAGGUCAUGGCUGAGUUUAAAUCCAGCUCAUUGACAAUUGCGUCCUUUGUCGUGUCUGUCUACAUCCUCGGGUUUGCUUUUGGGCCUCUAAUCAUCGCGCCCCUUUCCGAGAUUUACGGACGGAUCCCGGUGUAUCACGCCUGCAACCUAGGAUUUGUCGCCUUCGCCGUUGGGUGCGCGCUUGCUCCCUCCCUAAACGCCCUAAUCGUCAUCCGUUUCUUCAGCGGCCUGUUUGGAUGUGCCACAGUCACAAUAGGCGGAGGCUCCAUCGCUGACAUGGUCGCUCAAGAGUAUCGAGGUGCAGCAAUGUCCAUCUACAGCAUAGGGCCCUUGUUUGGGCCAAUCGUUGGCCCUGUUUCUGGAGGUUUCCUUACUCAAGCGGCUGGCUGGCGCUGGACCUUCUGGCUGUUGGCCAUUCUCUCUGGGGUUCUUUCCAUCAUCAUGGUGUUCACGAUGAGAGAGAGCUACGCUCAUGUUAUAUUAGAGCGCAAAGCCGCGAGGCUACGGAAGGAGACCGGCAAUGAGCUUCUCCACUCCAGACUCGAUAUCGGUCUGUCUUCGGGGGACUACUUCAAAAGAGGCAUCAUCCGUCCGCUCAAACUUUUCGUCCGCUCUCCCAUCAUUCUGAUAACAUCACUAUAUAUGUCGAUAUGCUAUGGGUAUCUCUAUCUAAUGUUCACAACGAUGACAACAGUUUUCCAGGAAACAUACGGCUUCAGCACUGGCACCGUUGGAUUGGCCUACCUCGGGCUGGGAGUCGGCAACAUGGUGGGCGUUGGGGUCUCUAGCCUGACAUCAGAUAAGUACCUGAAGAGGAAAGCCGCCCAGGCCCGGGAAGAGUCCAACGAAGAAGGGGCCGAGUUGAACUUGAAACCAGAAUACCGCCUCCCCCUCUUACCUCUGGGUGCUGCGCUGGUCCCAAUCGGCCUGUUCAUAUAUGGCUGGACUGCCCAAUACCGCGUCCAUUGGAUUGUUCCCAUCAUCUCCCAUGUCCCUAUCGGGGUUGGGAAUUUACUCAUCUUCUUGGCUAUCCAGAUGUACAUCGUCGACUCUUUUACAGUUUACGCCGCGUCGGCACUUGCCACCAAUACUGUUGUCCGAUCUAUCGCUGGAGCGUUGCUGCCCUUGGCUGGUCUUCCAAUGUUCGAAAAGCUAGACAUAGGUUGGGGAAAUAGCUUGCUAGGGUUCAUUGCUAUUCUUAUGGUUCCAAUAGCAUUUGGGAUGAUCAAAUGGGGCGAAAAUCUGAGGAACAGAUUCCCGGUUAAGAAUCUCUGA